UUUAUAAAAAAAUAUUUUUCAACAAAGAAUUCAGUCUUGAGCAUUAUUGAGUAACAUUAUCACUAGAAAUUAGACAAUAUUGGAAUCAUAGUUGAUAAUAUAAACUUCCAAUCAGAACAACCUACCUACUUAGAGCAAAACUAAAAAUUAACCAGGUAAUGAGUAUAGUUAAUUAAGAAUAUGUUUUUCUGUUCUUAUUUCUAAAGAUUAAAAUGCAUUGUUUCAUGAAUUACCCUUGCUGUGAACAAUGUUUUUCAAUAUCUCACUAAUUUCAAUCAAGUUAGCACUAAAUACAUCUAAUAAGCUAACAAUGAAAAACAAAGUAUAAUAAUAAUACAAGUUUUCUAAGAUGCGAGUCUGAAUCAUCUUCCAGUUUUUUAAGCUUGUACAUCAGUAGUGCUCUUAAACUUAUUUAUUUUCAUGAACUAGUACUGCUAUACCUGAUAAUAAACUUUCAGCUGACAAUCCUUCGUGAACAUUACUUAAAAAGUGAUAUAUCUUACUAAUAUGUGUAUGUUUUAUAUAGCUUGUGUGAUGUAUUUUCUUCUGCUACUUCCAUUGAAUGUAAUUCUUUUACUCGUGACUUAUUUAAUAUUUUUUGGAUUAUUUUCAGGUUAGGUUUAUUACAUUGUUAGUUACUUUAUACUAACAUCUUGGACACUCAUUUUUCCAAGGGAUAACAUGGAGUUGUUUCUAUAUUACACUACCACCCCAUUCCAGUCAACAUAAAAGAACUUCUUAUAUUCAACCACAAUUUCUAAACUACUCACCCAACUUAAACUCUUUAAAUGUUGAUCAUCUACCACAUCUGAAGGUAGUAUUCCAUAGGCUGAACACCCUAUUAGAAACAUAAUAAUGUAUUAACAGGAGUCGUGUCAGUUUCCAUAUCUUAAACUUGUGCCCUCUGGUCUUUCUAUCUGCAAUUUUUGUUCUUUAAGCUUUGUCAUCCCCCUCAAGUCCUUCUAUUUAGUGUACUUUAGUUCAACUUCAUAACCUCCUUCAAGCCUAGAAUCAUCCUGGUAGCUCUUCUCUGAGCUCUCUUCAAGUAACCAAAACUACAAAAUAUCACAUACAGUAAAACCAGCACCAUACAGAAUGAACCAACUACUUCCUUCAACUGGGAAAGCAAGAGGUUGAUAUUAAUGUAAUUUAGUGAAACAGGGUCUUUGUUGCUAAUAGAGUACCUCAAGGGUCACCUUGGACUUUUGUUCUUUCUUGUUUUCAUUAAUGAUACUGAUAGGGGCAUAAUUAGUAAAGUUUCUUGUUGACAUUAAUCUCUUGAGUAUUGCUAGUUAUACUAAGGAUUACAGAAUGACUCAGGUCAAUUGGUAGGUUAGAUAAAUAUUUGGUAUAUGACCCUUACCAUAUUAAGUGCAACAUUAUCAAUAAAUAUUGUUUAAUAUAAAUGGGAAUCAAUCAAUAACACGAUUGAAUGAAAUUAUCUUGGCAUGGUGGUGGAUAAGUCACUCAAGCCCUGUUGCUAGUAAUAAAACUAAUAACAAUUUAGAGUGUAUUUAUAGACAUUUAUUACAAUUUAAUAUAGGUCUUAUCUCUAAACAAAUCAUUAGUUAGGCUUCUCUCAGAAUACAGUAUCAAUUUUUACUCUUCUUAUCUAAGAAAGUAUAUUGACUUACUGGAAUAUGAAUCAGAGGAUGGUGUACUAGCUAGGAUGUUUCCAUAGAUGAAAGAAUAUACCCUUUUUUCUUAGCAAAAAAUGGGGAGAGGUGACCUUUGAAACUUGUAAGAUUGUCUGUGGGACUGACAGGAUAAAGGCCUCUGAUUUCUUUGUGCUGAAGAUAAUAGGAUGAGAAGAAAUAAGUUUAAGAUUUGACAAAAUGCAGGCUAGGCUUCAGUUAAAGUUAUAUUUUUCUAAUGAAGUGAUUGACUUAUGGAACAAGUUACUUGUGGCAGUAUUGGAGGCCAGCUCUUUGCAAGAGUUUAAGUGGGGGAAUCAAUGAUUUCCAAAAAACUAUAGUUGAAAUUUUUACUUUUCUUGACAUGUGGAUGUGCAAGAACAGCCUUGAAGCACCGAAAGGUUCCUUGAUUUCUGUUGGUUAUAAUAUCAUUAAAUUUAUAUUAUCUAAAAGUCUGUAAAUCAUUUAUAAUAUUAAAGGUAGAAGGUAAAAACAGGUAUGUCAUUAUUUGAGAUGAUUAACGAAUGUGAUCUCCUAGAAAGCUUCCAGAAAUAUGCCUUACAAAUUAAAGAAAAAAUGUUGAGCAACAUUUUUGAUAGAAUGCACAAUUAGAAAUAUGAUUAUGAUAUUAGGAGACAAUAAAAAUAAUUUAUAGACAACUUAUAAUAUACAUGGAGUUAAUGAUAGUUUAUAUAUUACUGAUAAUAUUAUACAUAGGAUCUAUAUGGACAGAAUUGUUUCUUUUUACUUGUCUAAGCUGUGCACCAAGUUAUCUAUAAAUAUAAUGAAUAUUUCAGUUUUUGUUAGUUGCAGUAUGUGUGUGUGUUUGUAAGGAUGAAAAAAGUUAAUUUGCUGGUACGUGGUAGACUGGAUGUUUACUGUAAAGCUAUAAUUUUUGGUCUUGUUCUUAUUAAGAGCUGUAAAAAAAUUUCUGCCAGAAAUCGCUCUCUUUUCUUACAAACAACAAUUAACAUUAAAAUGAAAACAUCACUCUUAAGUCUAAAAAAAUCUUCCUAGUUUUAUAAUGAUGUUUUAUCAAGGCCUAGCGACAAAGUAAAGCUAAGACAGAAGUAUUUAAAUUUUAACUUAAACUUAAGGAACACUCAAGUCAAUAUUUUUUUUAUCAUCGUUGAAAAAUCUUAUCAGUUUGACAAAUACGAGAAAAUAUUAAUUUAAGUCAUGGAUACUAAUAAUAUUCUAAUUUACAUUUAGAAAUGAUCAAAAUCUAUGUAUAUUUUCUUAUAGCCAAUUUAACAGUUGGUACUUAUCUGUGUAAUAACAUUAUCUUAUUUGUUUUUAAACCUAAAUUUAAUAUACUUGCUGAUUACACAGUAGGCUCACUCUGGAAAAUAUUUCUUUGUUUUUUUGUAUAACGUUAUUAACUCAAUUACACCGAGUAAUAAACUUGUUUAUUGAUAUAUUUCCGCUCAAUUAAAAACUAAUACAUGUUUUUAAAUGUUGGGAUUACAAACUACAUUGACUAUACAAUAGUGACUAUCGGUACUAAAUCAAAUUGUAUCUAACGUUAAGUUUCUACAACGCAGUACAUAAUCUCGAAGGAAUACGUUUACAGUUUUCUCCCAGAAGUAAAAAAUUGCACGAGUUCACAAAUUACGCGGGAAUUCAAACUUUAAAAAUAAUUGGUUAACGUGGUAUACAUUGUUUACUUCCUAUUGGAUACUUUUCAAACCUAUCACGUGACAAAAGUAGGUAUAAAUUAGGAGUCUUCGAAAAAACACGUUAUAUUUUGCGGGAAAAUUAAACAAGCGUUGUGAAGUCAGGUUUUUCCUUUUCAAUAAAGUUGUUUGGACACUUAUUUGUUAAAAAUGUCUGGACGCGGCAAAGGAGGAAAGGUUAAGGGAAAAAGCAAAAGUCGUUCCAGUCGUGCUGGGCUUCAGUUUCCAGUUGGACGAAUUCACCGUUUGUUAAGAAAAGGAAAUUAUGCUGAACGUGUUGGAGCCGGAGCACCUGUAUAUCUUGCAGCAGUUUUGGAGUAUCUAGCAGCUGAAGUUUUAGAAUUGGCGGGAAAUGCAGCAAGAGACAAUAAGAAGACUAGGAUUAUUCCGCGUCAUCUUCAGCUAGCCAUAAGGAACGACGAAGAACUAAACAAACUUCUCUCUGGUGUGACCAUUGCUCAAGGUGGUGUUCUUCCUAAUAUUCAAGCUGUUUUGCUCCCUAAGAAGACUAACGUAUCAAGCAGUGGAGGGCAGCCGAAAAAAGGUGGCGCGAGUCAGGAAUUCUAAUUUAAUUAUGCCUACCUAAUCGUAAUAAGUGACAUUCCUGUCAUAGUACUAUUAAUCAUUAAUAAUAUUCUGUCUCAGAAAUGUUUGUCAAUAGAUUAUCUGCACUAUCUUUAAACAAUGUAUUACUGUAAGUUUGAGAUUCUACGAACGUACAAGACCUGAAAUUAUAUUACAUUAACUGAAUUUUGUACUAUUGUAGGCCUGUUUGUAAAGAUAAAUAUUCUGUUCUGCCAAAUUUUCACUGCCACUUUUUUGUGUGUAUAUAAAUUAUAAACCAGAUGUAGUGAUGCUUCUUUGUAAUAAAAACUUGCACUUGUACAGUUAGUCGUUAGCAUAUCACAAUGUUGCAGUAUAAUUUUACAAAUAUCAAUUUCUAAGAGUAAAAACGU